AUGGCGAGGGACCGAUGGGAUUCGUCUGACGAAGAGCACACGGGACGGGAGCGUGCUGGGCAGCAGCGCGCUGGGCAGCAGCGUAGCGGACGACUGGAACAAGAGCGAAGUGCGGCAAGGCAGACGGCCAAGCGGGUCCGGUUACAAUGGUCCGGACCGCUUGGGUCGGCUUCCCGAGCGGGUUUGUCCGGUUCCCGAACAAGUGGCUCGGACGAGGAGGAGAGGGAGAUAAAAAGGGUGGCGGAGGAGCACGGGCGGUUUCUGCGGAAUUUACGUUGGUUGUCGGCUAGGUAUGGUUCUCGGCAUGUUCACGACCAUUAUGAGCUAUUGGAAAAGAUUGCAAGUGGAACGUUUGGCUCAGUAUACCGAGCGCGCAGUCGAGAGACGGGUUUGGUCGUGGCGAUAAAAUCGUUUACAAGACAUCCUUCGUUGGAAGCGGAAGGUAUGUUGUUAUCGUCACUGCGGGAGAUUACCACGCUGAUGGAGAUAGAGCACCCCUCGCUAGUGAAUGCGUACGAGGUUUGUAUCGACCGUGAACGCUUCGGAGCUACGUAUGUCGUGAUGGAAUACGCCGAACACGAACUUGGUUUCAUCCUAAAAUCAAGUCGAGACCUUACGUUCUCUGCCAGCGAGCGUAAGUGCUUGUUGCUGCAGAUAUUCAGCGCCCUGGAAUACCUGCACCAAAGAGAAAUCAUACAUCGAGACUUGAAGCCCGGCAACCUGCUGUACACUAACCACGGCUGUGUCAAAAUCUGCGACUUCGGAUGCAGCAAAACCCAAGUGAAUCAAGCUUACACUGCCGGGAAUCGAACCACCACCGAAGGCCAGAAGACAGUUGGCAGGGGCCAGGUGGCGAGUGGGGUUCAAGGGGCCACUGGGGGAGCGAGGGGGGGGCAGGGGGAUGACUUGUCUCCUUUUCCGGGUCAAAGUCAUCUCUCUGUUCGAAGCGGCGGAGAUGACACAUACCAUGUGGGCACGUUGUGGUAUGAGGCCCCGGAAAGCCUGAUGGAGCUACAGAUGACGACUGCCAGCGACAUGUGGAGUGCCGGCUGUAUAGUUAUGGAGAUCCUGACCGGAUGUCGCCCUAUCUUCUCCGGUUGUAGUUCGCGUUUAGAGGUACUCAACAGCGUUUUCGAAUUCUUUGGUGUCCCCUAUGACUGGCAUGAAAUGAACGCGAACAUGAAGAAUGUUGAGGUCCAAAAUUUAAUCAAGGCCCGACAAACGAUUGAGCUCAAGUUCAUCAAGGGGUUUCGGGACGGCGGAAAUGACGGCGGCGAUGGCCAUGGUGCUUACCGUAGACUGAUUAGCAGCAAGCUGUUCGACAAGUGCUGCACAUCCGGGGUUGAGCGGAGUUGGCUCACUGCGCAGUGCCAGGAUUUGGUUCUCAGACUUCUCACAGUUAACCCGAACAGCCGUCUGACGGCCACGGAGGCAUUGCAACACCCCUAUUUCACUGAGAAGCCUUUACCACAAAAAAAUCAUUACAUGCCGAAAAUUAAGGAGACGAAUCUUAGCGGUAUGCACUCACAGCACACACUUGCCGCACAACGGCAGCCCACCACACCUGCAACCUUUCAGCGGCCGAAAGGGAACGAUACGCGGAGCGAUCUGACGAGCGCGCGGUAG